UGUUAUGUAGGGAGCGAAGAAUAUUUCUGCAAGGAAACGGACAUGAAAUAUUGGCGACCGGCAUCAGCUGUGCCAACUCUGUGAUCAACUCUUCAGAAUCGCUAUGGAUUCAGACGACGAUCGAUUGGAAAUCGUGGAAGACGGCAGCGGAAGAUGAUAUUGCGGAUGGAUCCUCCACCGUAUCCAACGACUGGGGUUUGAGAUCACAGGAUAGCGGUCCAUGGCAAGGGAGGGCCAGUGAACAGUCAUUUCUCCCAAAGCCCGCAAUUAUGGUGGCCGAGGAGCCGACUGAGUUGGAUACCCAUGCUACGGAGGAGCCGCUGUUCGCAGAGCCCCCUGCCGCAGCUGAACCGGUAUGCUGCGUCGCUGAGGUUGCGAGAGUGAUGAAUAAAGAUGGCGCCAGUGAUCUAGAAGAUGGAGAGCUGGAGGAGGCGAGCUGGAAGACGACGACGGAGAAAUCUCUGAGCCGGCGGUGGAGCAAAAAGUUCCAGCUUCGUCUGCUUUGGACGCGCUGCCUGCGGCGAGUGGGGAGUCCUUCGCCCCCACAGAAGAUCCGACCAUCGGAAGCACAGGGGACGGAAUAUCUGUUGAACCAAGAGGCCACCAAGAGGAUGAAAAGGCGUCUGGAGAUAUGGAACAUACCAACGUAAAAACGGCAGAAAAGCGACGGUACUGGUCAGAGGAGGAGGCUGACGACGACGCGGUCUACGUGCGUGGUGCGUCUCCAGUCCACCGCCCGAGGCGAGUGGCGACGCACUACGGAAGAUACGAGCAUGAAUAUGCUACGUUCACCAGUCCUCGCUCGAAGAGGGGCAGAGCGGAUAAGGCCAAGCGUAAAUCCUCGGCCACCUGUGGCUUCUUCAUGCAAGGGAAAUGCCACAAGGGAAGAAUGUGUCAUUUUGCUCACAAGGCAAUUCCACCGCGGAAGAUGGAGCUGUGCAAGUUCUAUGCCAAAGAAUGUUGCGUGAAAGAAGCGCAUUGCCUGUAUUUACACAAAGGAUUCCCCUGCAAAAUGUUCCAUACUGGCGCCAGGUGUUUCGAAGAUGACAAGUGCAAAUUCAGCCACAAGCCCUUGACAGAUGUUACGCAAUCAAUUUUGCUGAAGCACCUGGACACGGCGCCGCCCGAGAUCCUGGGAGAUUUCCCACGCAUGGGGCGCGCCACCGCCCUGCACAUGAUCGAACUGGCCGCCGCCAAGCGCGAGAACGGCGACCAGCCCAACUUCUCGUUCCCCAACAUCGAGCAGACCAGAUACACCCACCUAGUGAAGGAGACGCCCAGCGGCGGCGGCGCCGGCCGAGACUACGUCAGCAGCCUGCCGGCCAGUCAGCGGCAGCUCUACCUGCGCAUCCAGCAGCAGCAGAAGGAGAACGUGCCCAGAGAGGACACGCCGCAGCCGACCGAUGACGAGGCGCGGAUGGCCGAGGAUAACUGGUACUCCAGCGACGAGGAGGACGCGCCGCCGCUCACCGACGUGCUGAGGAAGAUUUCCACCGAGCCAGCGCAGCCGGCAGGACCAGCCCGGCGGAGCGCGGGCGACAUCGACCCGGUGGAGGCCAUCAGCCAGCUGCUGAUGACGAUCAAGAACAGCACCAAAGACGACCGCUGGGGAGCCGGCGGCUGCACGACGAGUGCCGCCACGAGCCGAGCCGACCUCGACCUGCGCAGCUGCUGCCGCUCCGGCCAGCCAGAGGGCACCGAGACGGGGUCACAAGCCCACUCCACGCACCCGCCGGCAGAGUGUGAGCUCCUGGGCGCGGCCUGGGGCGACGCGGCUGAUGUCAUGGUGAUGGAGACUGACGACUGGUGCGGUGAGAACGCUUCAGAAAGCGCGAACGCCGCGCGGAGGAAGGCACAAGGAGCGCGGGGACCAAGCGUUGAGCGCGGCACCAUAGUUGACAUGGAGAUCGACUCAGAAUCGUCGUCGCUGCCGGGCAUCGAGCUGGGUGUGGCGCCUGACGGCAUGCCAGGAGGCCAUGGUGGGACGGCCUCGUCCGACACCGACUUGCGCAUAGCCGACCAGGACCUGCGCGUGCCAGAUCAGGACCUCCGUAUGACGGACCAGGGCCGCCACACGACCCACCGAAACCUCGGUGCGUCCGACCAAGACCUGCGCGUGGCCGAUGAGGACCUCCGUGUGGCCGGCAAGGGUCUGCAGGUGGCCGAACGGGACCGCCGCGUCGCGGACGAUGCCUUUCGCGUGUCCGACCCCGGUCCGAUGGAGGCGGCGCGCUGGCCAACCGCCGAAGAGCUGCCGUUGCCCUUCAAGCCGCACGGCUCGACGCCCGUGAAGAGCUGGUAUGGGCCGCAGCAGACCGCUGCACUGGAGCAGGGGCAGUGGCCGGACGACGCCGCUCAGGAGGCUGACACGCGCCUCUCGUCGUCGUGA